AGGUCAAUCGGAAACCACUGGUUAGUGGUGAGAAGAGGACCCCGGUGUCCCGGCAGUGGGUGCCUAAGGGAAUUGGAAAUGGGCAACCUCAAGAGGUGCAUCUGGGGACGUACAUGGCUCUGAGACCCUUGCCACCUGCCUCUCCUCCCACCCAUGGCCACACUGGUGGUCCUCGCCACUCUGGCCCCACUGAUGCUGCCUUGAGAGUUGCUCUAAGUAGGGCUCCCGAGCUUGGAGCAGCAUGGGCACUGAGAAGGAAGAGCCCGACUGCCAGAAACAGUUCCAGGCAGCCGUCAGCGUCAUUCAGAACCUGCCUAAGAAUGGCUCUUACCGCCCCUCCUAUGAAGAGAUGCUGCGAUUCUACAGCUACUACAAGCAGGCUACCAUGGGGCCCUGCCUGGUUCCCCGGCCUGGGUUCUGGGACCCCAUUGGACGUUAUAAGUGGGAUGCCUGGAACAGCCUGGGCAAGAUGAGCAGGGGGGAAGCCAUGUCUGCCUACAUCUCUGAGAUGAAGCUGGUGGCACAGAAGGUGAUCGACACAGUGCCCCUGGGCGAAGUGGCAGAAGAUAUGUUUGGUUAUUUUGAGCCUCUGUACCAGGUGAUCCCUGACAUGCCGAGGCCCCCAGACACCUUCCUAAGAAGGGUCACAGGUCGGAAAGAGCCAGCACUGCACAGAGAUGACCAGACUGCUCCAGAGCCUUCUUGCCUCCCCAAGGAGCCUGUACCUCCAAGUCCAGAGCCCCAGCCACCCAGGGACUUGGACCUGGAGGUUUUCUGUGAUUCUCUGGAGCAGCUUGAGCCAGAGUUGGUGAAACCGUCCCUCUUCUCCCCUGUUCCCGCUGGGUCAGAGCUGCCCCACCUCCACCCUGAGUCCUGCGACUCAGCUCAGCAGGUCUGCGCGGAGCAGAGGGGAGCAGCUGGCCGAGAGCUGAACACCAGAGGCAACCCUGAGUCCCCCAGUGAAAAAGAGGGGUUGGAAGGUAGCCUGAUGGGGCCCCAGGAAUUGGACAGGUGGCUGGUGGGGACGGUCCGGGCCAUGCAGGAAAGCAUGAGGAAUGUCCAGAGGAGAUUACAGAGUCUGGAGAGCAAGUCCCAGGCACGUGAGCAGAGGCCACCCAGGACUCGGCCUUGGCCCGUAGGGCUCUCGGCUCCCACGCUGCUCUUCUUUAUCCUGUGGCCCUUCGUUGUCCAGUGGCUCUUCCGACAGUUUCGGAUCCAGAAGAGGUGACUCAAGGAAGGGGUCUCUCUAGCAACUGAGAAGGCUAUGACGAGUCCCCGCACGUCCUGCUGUGACCUGAGCCACCCUAGGUUUAGGGAAACAGCAUUAGAAAUCCCCUCCUAGCCUCUUUCGCCCUGGCACUCCCUCCUUUAGUGUGUGGGGGGGGACAUAAGACCCCACCCUUCCCUGCAACUCGCACUGACGCCCCGAGUCCCCAAGCGGUUGGAUUGGCAGCUGUCAUGGUGCACAUCCUAGCUUUGGGGUUGGCGGUGAGCACCCUCCGACCCCACCCUCUGGGUCACCUGACUUUGCUCCGGCCGAGUCGGCUCCCUGCCGAGACUCAGCUCUUGGGCGAGUUGGGACUUGGACCUGGCCUGAAGACUGAUUGGCUGAAAGGUUACAGGAAAGACUAGAGUCGGGAGGAAUGGGAGGAGUGUGCAGGCUGGGGGCUGGGACGCCCCGCAUACACGCACAAGUUCACUUCGCGCUCAGGACUUCACUGAAGAUUCACGUGCAAUUGAACGUUUCAUUAAACAAAAGAAAACCUC